GGCGACUAUUUUUAGCGGCGCUCGGGUAAAAAUGGACUCGGCGCCGCGCGGGUUCCCGAGGCCGUGCGCGCCCCCUCGCGAGAACUGGGGGCCCGGGACGCGCGCCUGAGUCACCUCCCUCCCGGCCGCCCCCCUGCGCGGUGAGGAGCGUGGCCCGCCGGCUCCGGACGCCUGCAUCCGCUCGAGCCUCCCGGGUUCCGCUCGCCGGGGCUCAGAACAUUCCAGGAACGUCGGGACGCGUCCACCGGGGCUCGCGCUGCCGCGGGCGGGCUUUGGGCCCAGGCGCCGCGCCCCCUGGCGGCCCCCUCGGGGAUCGCAGGCAGGAGCUGGGCCAGGGGUCCCUCCGUUUGAUUAAUGCGGAAACUGAGGCUGGAGAGGACCCGGGUUGGGGCCUUGCAGCAUGAAUUGCGAGAUCCUCCGUUUUGCUGCAUAUCCAACCCCAGCGACCGGUGCAGAGUUGGGACGGCCGGGCAGAAGAGGUGCCAGGGAUGGCGCGGGGUCGGGGCCGGGCGCCUCCACUGUCCCCCAUCCGGGGGCCGCCGCUCGGGGCCGGUCCUCCAGGACCAUAGAGAGCUGCUCGGGGACAGCCCCUCUCGAAGCUCUACCCCUCUGGGGAACGGUGAGAGCGGGAUCGGGGGCUAGAGAGGCCGGAAGUGCGGCGAGCCCGGGGACGCGCUGGCCGCGUCGGCGGUGGGAAGCCUCGGUCCCUCUCCGGUUUUUCACUCGCGGCUCCGGGGCAAGGCCCCAGAAGAACCUUGGGAUGGACGAAGAGGGAGUGCGGCAGCCCUCUGGGCCACCCACGAGGAAGAAAUUCUUCAUACCGCUGGAGGAGGAGGAGGCCCCUCCUGCAGGGGUCAAGCCCUUAUUCAAAUCCACCCGGAGCCUGCCCACCGUGGAGACCUCACCUCAGGCAGCCCCUCAGACAUAUGCUGAGUAUGCCAUCUCGGGACCUCAAGGAGGGGCUGGAGCGCCACAACCCCCGGGGCCUGAGCUCCUGGCAGGAGAGACUGCUAAUCAGGCCCCCAAACCAGGGGCGAAAUCCAGCAGCAUCAUUGUGAGCCCCCGCCAGAGGGGCAACCCCGUGCUGAAGUUUGUGCGUAACGUGCCCUGGGAGUUUGGUGAUGUGCUUCCCGACUACGUGCUGGGCCAGAGCACCUGUGCCCUGUUUCUCAGCCUCCGCUACCACAACCUCCACCCAGACUACAUCCACGAGCGGCUGCAGAGCCUGGGGAAGAGCUUCGCCCUGCGGGUCCUGCUCGUCCAGGUAGACGUGAAAGAUCCUCAGCAGGCCCUCAAGGAGCUGGCCAAGAUGUGCAUCCUGGCUGACUGUACCCUAGUCCUUGCCUGGAGCCCCGAGGAGGCCGGGCGCUACCUGGAGACCUACAAGGCCUAUGAGCAGAAGCCGGCGGACCUCCUGAUGGAGAAGCUGGAGCAGGACUUCGUCUCCCGGGUCACUGAAUGCCUGACCACUGUGAAGUCAGUCAAUAAAACAGACAGCCAGACCCUCCUGACUACUUUUGGGUCUCUGGAACAGCUCAUGGCCGCAUCGCGGGAAGAUCUGGCUUUGUGCCCGGGCCUGGGACCCCAGAAGGCCCGGAGGGUGUUUGACGUCCUGCAUGAGCCCUUCCUGAAAGUGCCCCGAUGACCCCAGCUUCGAAGGAGGCCCUUGGUGUAACAAUAAAGCAUUUUCCUGGCCCA